GUCACACACACCGAGACUCCGACGCCGAACCUCAGUCACCUCCAUGUGAGCCACGGGUCAGCAGCUCCUACCUGGAGAGGAGGCGGCACAACAGGAAUCAGCUGUGGAACAGAGCAGGAGGACCUCCAGCCUCAGAGGAGCAGGAGGAGCAAACGGAGGAGGACCUCCAGCCUCAGAGGAGCAGGAGGAGCAAACGGAGGAGGAGCGGCUCUCUGAAAGCUGAAGAUGACACCUGCAGGGACUUUGCCAGCGUGACGUCACAGAGGGAAGCCCUGCUGUCACCCAGCAGACCUGCUGUGAGAGCGGACCCCCUUCCUCGGCGCUGGACCCCCUCCCUCAGCAGGGACCCGUCCCGGUCAGCAGCAUGCCAUCAGCUCGCAGAAGAGGCCUUUUGGGAGUCUGACAAACCAUGAGCAGAUGGACGGCGUUCGUAACUCAUCUCUUUCCUGACCCCGCCCUUCGCACCGCUGCUGCCCCCCGUGGGUCUCUUGCCCCCCUGCCCCUGGUCUGCCUCACAAUGCUCCUGGCCGCGGGGGCCUGCCCCUCCCGCGUGGAGCGGGAACCCCUCCAGCUGCUGGCCGGUCACAGGAACCGCUCCUGGACGUUGGAGAGACACGCCCGCAGCUAUAACCACCUGGAGGGCGACGUUAGACUGCGGCGCCUUUACUCCGCCAACAGGUUUUUCCUCUGCAUCGACAAGACGGGAAAAGUGGACGGGACCCGCCGUAAAAACUACGCCGACAGCCUGAUGGAGAUCCGAUCUGUCAGCGUGGGAGUGGUGGCCAUCAAAUCUGUCAGCACAGGGCUGUACUUAGCCAUGUCCAAGAAAGGGACGCUCUUCGGAUCGGUGAAGUACAGCGCCAGCUGCAAAUUCAAGGAGCGCAUCGAGGAAAACGGCUACAACACCUACGCCUCCCUGCGCUGGAAGCACGGCGGCAGACAGAUGUUCGUCUCCCUGAACGGGCGAGGAAAACCGCGGCGAGGUCACAAAGCCCGGCGGAGACAUCCCUCCACUCACUUCCUGCCCAUGCUGGCCUCCUAGACCAGAGAGUCCGGACCGCACCCCAGAGACGAUUCCUGCUUUCAUCCCCGUCAUCCUCCUGUCACAGUCAGUUAGCCGAGGAGCAUGAGUAGUGGUAGUGGUAUAUAUUCACAUGUAAGUUAUUUCCUACAGUCCGAUACAGUUCACAGUCUGCAGCCGCUCAUCGAGUCGUGAAACGAGUUUAACUGAGAAGGGAAACAACGAAAAGGUUCUCAGUGAUUUUUUCUUAAAUAUCAUUGAAGUAUUUAAGCAAAUAAAAUACUGAGAAAUCUGCAAACUCUGUAAAACUGCAGUGAAUUUCUGAGGACUUUUUGCUUCACAAUCUGAAAACACAAAUCUAUGACAUGCUGGACAGAAUAAAGCAGAGCUGAAAAACUGUUU